AUGCCUGAAAUUCCAAAGCAUACCCUUCCAAGGGCCCCAAUCGAACUUACAUUCAUUAUUGUAGGUGCAGGAUUAGGUGGUGUUUCCGCUGCCAUUGGUCUUAAAUUAGCUGGUCACAAAGUCUUACUUCUUGAAGCCGCAAAAGAAUUAGGUGAAGUGGGUGCUGGUAUUCAAAUUCCUCCUCCAUCCAUCAAAGUUUUAAAUGCAUUUGGUGUAUUGAAAGAAGUUGAAGAUGUUUCUAUCUUCCCUAAUGAUAUCCUUGUUCGCAGAUGGAAUACUGGGGACUUAAUAUCUCAACAGAAUUUGGUUCCUUAUACUCUUGACAAAUACAACGGGCAUUAUUUACACAUACAUCGUGCUGAUUAUCAUGCUGCACUUGUCAAAAGAGCAUAUGAAGUAGGGGUUGAGGUUCACUUGAGUGCUAGAGUUGUCUCUGUUGAUUUUGAUAAUUCAACAUGUGUAACUGAUAGUGGUAAAACUUUCAGUGGUGACGUUAUUGUUGGUUAUGACGGGGUUAAAUCACAAUUGCGUUCUCUUAUUUUGGGUAAAGAAGAUUUGGCUUAUAAUACUGGGGAUUUAGCUUAUCGUGCCUUAGUUGAUGUUGAAGAAAUGAAACCAUAUCCUGAAUUGGAACUGCUCUGGAAAAGACCAGAUAUUACCUUUUGGUGGGGCCCAUCAAUGCACAUUGUGUUGUACUUCUUACAAGGUGGUAAGACCUGUAACGUCGUUGUCUUAGGUCCAGAUACCUUACCUGAAGAUGUCAUGAUUGCCGAAGCUUCCAAAGAAGAAUUAUUAGACAUCGUUAAAGAUUGGGACCCAACCUUAUCAACAUUAUUCAAAUUGAUUCAUACUACUGCUAAAUGGCGUCUACAAAACUCAAGAGAAUUGGCCACCUGGACUCAUGCCACCGGAAACUGUAUUAUCUUGGGUGAUGCUUCGCAUGCCACUUUACCCUAUUUAGCCAGUGGUGCCUCUCAAGCUAUUGAAGAUGCUACAGUCUUAGCUGGUUUGUUCGCCCGUAUUGAAGACAAAUCCCAAAUCCAUGAAUUAUUAGAAUUGACUGAAUCAAUGCGUAAAUGGAGAACCACUCAAGUUGUUCAAGGUUCAACCAAUUGUCAAAAUAUUUAUCAUAUGGUAGAUGGUGAAGGUCAGGUGGCUAGAGAUGCAAAGAUGGCUAUGGAUCCUCCUGUCCAUGGAUGUCCAAACAGAUUUGCUGAUCCUGUUUUCCAAGAUUUCCUUUGGGGUUAUGACGCUUUUGAAGAAGUUGAAAGAGGUUGGAAGGAAUAUAAAGAAGGUAAGAAAGUUACUUAUACAUAUGAAAAGUUAUAUGAGAAUGAAGAAUUAUUGUUAUAA